UGCGACUGCAAUCAGCAAAGAACUCAAAACUGUUAAAACUCCAAAAUAAAAGCGUGUGAGCUGUCUCCAUGACAACAAAAGCUCCACUACGGUACAUCCCUCCCACUUCCUGCCAUUCUUUAAACGCUUCCUUCAGGAAACAGGAAGCAUCUGGGUCGCCAUGCCAACAAGUGUGUGUGUGUGUGUGUGUGUGUGUGUGUAGAAUGUCGGUGAAAAAAACGCAUCUUAUCAGGGAAGUUGAAAUAUUUUGAUGUCAUUAAGAUGAAUUCGAGACGAGGAAGCCGCUGAUCUUUAUCCUGUGUGUGUAUGAGUGAUGAUUUGUUAUAGAAAAUAUACAUUUGGCAGCAACCAUAAAUCAUAUUAACCAUUAGGAGCGAAGAAAGAAUCAUAGGAAUCAUGGAAUCAUACGACUCAACUCCAAAGUGCAACUAAAGAGGAAAAUGGGAUUUGAGAAACAAGGAGUGGCGGGAAACGUGACCAUAUCAAGACACACACACUUCCUGGACUUGGGGGGGCCGGAGGGGGGCGAGGGGGGCUGGCAUAUGAGAGGGCGACAGCAGCAAUUUGUGUAAAAAAACACAACUUGACACAACUCUGAAGUUUGAAGCCAAACUAUGGCGUCGCUGCUCCGCUGGAUCCAGCUUUGUACCGUCGCCUGGCUCGCGUCCAUGUCAGCCGGGUCCGACUCGGAAGCCAUUUAUACGGUCCACCGCUCCGAGGUCUCCUUCGAGCAAGCCCUGCGGGAAUGUCAGCCCCACGACCUCGCCACCUUCGCCACCCAGCAGGAGCUCGCUCAGCUCCUUCACGUCACGUCCAGGUCUCAUUCGCGACACGGCAAAAGGACUUUCUGGGUCGGACUGAGGAAGGCCAAGAACCAGUGUGUGGUUCCAUCGCUGCCGCUCAGAGGCUUCGUGUGGACCACGGACGGGGGUGCAGACGUGCACGAGAGUCACUGGGAGGAGGAGCCAGAACACACGUGCACGUCGGUUCGCUGUGCAGCGCUCGUCACCCACUUGGACGGGUCCGGUCUGACCAGCUGGGGUCUGGUCCCGCUUAGCUGCAGAACUCGGAACCCAUUUAUUUGCCGGCUGGCGUCCGGACGAGCUGGACUCCGGGACGCAAACACCACGGCUAACCCAGAACUGAGUGGACCUGAAGCACCAGAACCAUCUGAACCUUCAGCAGCAGAGCCAGAAGAACCAAAACCAUCUGAACCAUCAGGACCAGAAACAUCUGAGCCAGAAGCUCCAAAACCUGAUACUCCCGAACCAGAAUCACCGGAACAGGCUGUACCAGAACCAUCAGAACCUGAAACAGCUGAACCAGGACCACCAGCACCAGCACCUACUGAUCCUGAACUAGCAGGACCGGCAUCACGUGGGCUAGAACCAACAGAACCAUCACAUCAGGGAAGACCCGACGAGGAAGGACCCAAACCUGGUCUUCGCCCGUGUCGCUGGCCCGUCGUGCCCGGAGCACGCUUCCUCAGUCUGGACCCUGACAACGGCACCAGGAUCCAUGUGGACUGCUGGUCUACGGUGCGGCUGGCCUUGCACUGUUCGGGUCGGCCCGCCAUUUGGCGUAUGUCCAACCAUGCCGCCGCUAACCUCAGCUCUGUGUGCGUGCCGUGUGGACCCGGGUUCCUGAAGGACGCCUCGGGCGAGUGCACGGACGUGGACGAGUGCGCCGCAUCGCACGGGUGCGCGCACGCGUGCGUGAACACGGUGGGCUCGUACACGUGCGUGUGCGCCGACCUCGACGGCCGACAGAGUCCGGAGGACUCGGCGGAGUGUGCGCCAACGGAGACCGGCGCCGCUGGUCCUUUCUCAGGCGUCCUCAUCCCGACGUUGGUGGCCGUGGCGUUGCUGGUGGUGCUGGUGGCGGCCAUCUUGGUGACGCUCAAGUGCUGCUUGAGGAGGCGCAACAAUAAGAACGGAGAAGGCCCCGCUCCGAAUAAGAUGGCGACAUGAGUGGGUCAAAGGUCACUGAUUGCAUCAUACUGAUGUACACAGGACUAAAAAAAAAAAAAGGUUUGUUGUUAUGAUAUGUGUUGAUAUGUAUGUUAUAAUCGGGGGGAGGCAAUUAUGAUGAAAACUAAAAAACACCAAAUAAAUAUUCAUAUUUGUCCAUUGAACUGUG